AUGGGUUAUCAGUGGGGCGAAGAAGAACGGGGUGUUGACAAGCGUCCAAAUCAAAUCUAUGGAAACCCGCAGGGAUUUACCGCCAACUGCAGAAGAAUUGAAUCGCACAAAGUCCGACCUUUCCUCCAAGAGACAUCGUCAGGAAAAGUUUCUGUGGCGUUUCUGGCCAGAGCUCCGCACAAGUUCACAGAGAAACUCUUCGAGGAGGACGUCGAGACGAGACGAGAAACGCUAGGCAGCAUGUCUCGUUGGCUAAUGGCCCAUCCCAAGAAUAAAGUUUCACAGUCUGAGGUGGACUGCAUUCAAAUCUUAACUCAACUACUAUCAGACAAGGACCCGGUCACCCGCGAGAAGACUGCGCAGGUUCUUUCACUGCUUGCGAGUGUGUCGGAGGGGGUUGGCAAGAUGCUGCAAGUCGGCACCAUCAAGCAGCUUCUUGUAGUCAUGCAGGACGUGGCGUCACUACCAGCAAGGAGAUACGCCCACAAAUGCCUCCAACUUAUAGGAGAUCUGCCCGAAGGCUCUCAAGCUAUCGUGGAUGCCGGGGGCACAGCGAUGCUUGUUGCUGUGUGCAAGCAUAGUCCGACAGCAGACGCUGUCCAAUCGCUCAAGUGCUGUUUGCAGUGCAUGCAAGGACUUUCAGAUGCGUUGGAGUGCAAGGCGAUCGGGUCAAUGGUGACAUGUAUCUCGAGCGAGGACCCAUCGAUUCUGCAGCAUGCCCUCAAGAACAUCACUUACCUUACGCUCAGUCAGUCUGCCAAGCUUGAGGCGAUUGCCGAGGGAUGUAUGCCUCGCAUUGUGGACCUCACCCUCCACGACAGCUGGUUGGUUCGAGCUUCUGCCAUUGCGGCCGUCGCGUCCAUUGCCGUCUCAGUCGAGGGAAAGAAGCUUGCGUUCGAGUUGGGAGCUGUGGAGAAACUUGUGGGUCUUCUUUCAGACGAGAACUUCUCAGUUGUCUUGCUGUCUGUGCGGUGCCUCGGAGUUCUGGCCGAAUACAAGAGAGAACUGCUAUCGACGCCCAACGAAGACAAAUAUCGCUCGUCCUUCGACGGUGCCCUACCCGUCCUCUCUCAGCUCAGACAGUCGCAGGAUGAAGUACUGGCACGGAGUGCACGCAACACACAAGAUCUGAUUCUUUGGCGUCCUUAGACGCCAAUUGUGUUCAAACUGAUGUGUACAUAUGUUCAAAAGAUUGUAGCUGAACAAAUUAGAUGAAACGAUUGUAAAACAUCUUAGCUAUAAAAAGCGUGCAUGCAAUGCCC